AGUGACCUUUUCAUUUGAAAUUUGAAAUUAAUUAUUGUUCUUUUUUCAUUGGAAUUUGGUCCAAAACAAUUGAAAAAGUUGAAAUUUGGCCUAUUUAAUCCCUUUACCAUAAGUUCGAGGGGCAUAAUUAACAACAAUACGAGCAGCGACGACAAUCUAUCUGUUUAGUUAGUAGUAGGGUCAUUUUAGUCAAUAGUCAGCGUUUGUACGUACAGACCGACGCACCAAACUCUGCGUGUGCCCGCCAUCAUCAUCAUCGUCAUCAAAUCUAAUAUAUGCUGUUUAUUUUUUCUUCUAGAACCGGAAGAUCUGUCUAGGGUUUGUAUUUGUGAAUUAGGGGACUGGAAAUUGGUCAAGGAAAAUGUCCCAAAACGGAAAGUUGAUGCCCAAUAUAGACCAACAGAGCACAAAGCUCCUUAAUUUAACAGUUCUUCAAAGAAUCGACCCAUUCGUAGAGGAAAUUCUCAUAACUGCUGCUCAUGUUACCUUCUACGAAUUCAAUAUCGACCUCAGUCAAUGGAGUCGCAAGGACGUUGAAGGAUCUCUUUUCGUCGUCAAGAGGAAUACACAGCCUCGUUUUCAGUUUAUUGUGAUGAACCGGCGUAAUACAGAUAAUUUGGUUGAAAAUCUUUUGGGGGAUUUUGAGUAUGAGGUCCAAGUUCCAUAUCUUUUAUAUCGAAAUGGUGCUCAAGAAGUCAAUGGGAUUUGGUUCUACAAUGCACGUGAAUGUGAAGAGGUUGCAAAUCUUUUUAGCAGGAUAAUUAAUGCCUACUCCAAGGUGCCACAAAAGUCAAAGGUAGCACCAACUAAAAGUGAGUUUGAGGAACUGGAAGCUGUACCAACUAUGGCAGUUAUGGAUGGUCCUUUGGAGCCAUCAGCAUCAGCUGCCUCCAAUGUCGCUGAUGCACCUGAUGAUCCUGCAUUUGUGAACUUCUUUAGUACGGCUAUAACUAUCAGCAAUGCUUCAAAUGCAACAGUUGUUGGACAACCUUAUCAAUCUUCAAAUCCAGUUCCUGUACCUUCCCAUGCAAGUAGUGUUGCUAUUCCUUCUGUGCCAACCUUGCAAAUACCAUCUCCUCCUUUGUCUGCAUCUACUUCAUUGAUGCCAAUCCUUGAUGCCCUGGAUGCCAACUGCAACAGCAACCGGACAACAAAUCUUGUAAAGCCCUCUUCAUUUUUCAUUCCUCUGCCGUCAUCUUCUGCAGGUGCGAUACCACCUGUCUCUUCUGCAGGUGCAAUGCCACCUGUCUCUUCAUCGAUUCCGACUGCUCCUCCACUUAAUCCUCCUGUAAGCCUGCAGCGUCCAUAUGGUGCUCCGUUGCUUCAACCUUUUCCACCACCCAAUCCUCCACCUUCUCUCACUCCUGCCUCUGUUCCAGCUCCAAAUUAUGGACCUGUCUUGAGCAGAGACAGAAUUCGUGAUGCACUUCUGGUUCUUGUUCAGGACAAUCAAUUUAUUGACAUGCUAUAUCGAGCGCUGCUGAAUGCGCAUCAGUCUUGACCAAUUGGAAUGGGGCAGCUCCCCUGAGUUUUUUGAUCAUUGUGUAGUUCUUUUUAUCCAACAAGUGUGAAAGAACAAAUCUGUAUAGCAUUUUGCCUAGCUUGACAACCAUACACUUACUAAAAUAUAUCAUUGGCUUUAUUUGUUUAUAAUGCUGUUUAAUGUAUUCCGAAAUUUGAAUAUCAUUCUUUAUCUUCAUGAGAAUCAAUGUAGUCACCAACCCUUAAUAUGUAAACCAUUGAUUGCCUUGUUGAUUUGUCCA